AUGAAAAAGCUUAUCUUAAUACUUGUUCUAGCAAUCGUAACCUUCAUUGCAUUCACUUCUGCUACGCCAACUAGUUGGAAAAGAGGCACUGCGUUUAGAGCGGUGACAGUCCCUAAGGGAAAACCAUCUUUAGUAUCAAGACAGGCUUCUCAGUGUGGCGGUGAUCCCACAUAUUUUUUAUGUGAAAAUGGUAUCGGAUGUUGCCCAAUAUCGUCAACUUGCAUUGGUCCUAACCAUUGCAGUAUUGAAUGCGGGCCUGAUGAUAAUUAUUGCGCUGAUGGUUCAACCUGUUGUCUUCAAAAUCAAGCCUGCGUACUCGUUGAAGGUCUAUAUGGAUGUACAGAAGGUUAUUAA